AUGAACAAACUCAUCCAGUUUAUUAGGAAGACGAAUGGAGGAAAUAAACAGGAAGGACCGUCAACUGAUCAAAUGCUAACAAAAAUUGAUACUGCAAGCUUUUCGACUGCCACAUCGUGUAACGUCAGGUCAUCGUUAUCACUGAUUUUUUCAAGUAGACGCAAACAUGAUUUGACGACGCCGCCAGUUUCUGACUCGGUGGUGUUGCAACCGUCUUCAAAUUUUGACGUAGCUGCUGCUGGUGAAUCACCGAUCUGUGAAGAAGUUGCUCGAAACAAAGGAUGUGGGGUUUCAACGGUUUUCAAGCCUAUUUUUAAAAAGCGCAGUAAAAAGCAAUCAGAAAUUGAUUUUGAAACAUUAGUUUCAAAAUAUGUGACAAUAUUUAUCACAAAUUAUGCAAAAAACUGUACAAAUUCAAUUUGCGGAACACCGGAUUUUAUUGCACCGGAGAUGUUGAAAGGUGGAUACUACGACUGCUCUGUUGACUGGUGGUCAUUCGGUAUCCUGCUGUUUGAAAUGAGGACAGGCUCUGUACCAUUCACAGUAAGGAGCCUCUUGGUAAAGAAUCCAGUCAACAGAAUUGGAUGUCAAAGUAAUAGUUCUGAUGAUAUCAAAAAUCACCCCUGGUUCUCAAAAAUGGACUGGUUCAAACUGCUGAAAAAGAAAUUGCCUUCAUCUUUUAUUCCGUCAAUGAAGCAUUCAAUGGACACAUCAAACUUUGAGGCAUGUGAUGAAACUAAAGUGGAUGAAGCUUCCAAAUGCCUCUACUUCAAUGAAUUCGAAAACUUUUACGAUUCAAUAAUCCCUCAAAUAAACUGCAUCGGAUUAAUGUUUUUUUGGAUAACUGAAUCACCCAUUGUAGAUAUAUCGACCAAAGAUUGGUUGAAAGAUAUUAAAAAGACCUUUGAUGAAAUAGGAUACGAUGAAGAUGAAGUCGACGGAUCUGAUGGACCACUUGGAGUAAAAAUACCAGAAAAAGCAUAUGCAGAUUUUGCAAAAGAGUGUUUAACACGAGUUAAGAAGAACAGCAGCAAAAACAACCCCACAGUUAUAUACGACAACCUCUCAAACAGCGACCAGCAGGUGGACAACAACACCAACAACAUGCAAACGUCAGACUUAUUAGAAAAGUUGAGUAAUUCAAUAAAAAACAUCGAAGAAAAAUUAGGAUUCCCACGUAACAAUAACAUUCUUCUUAAGUUAACUGACGAUUCAGUUUAUAAUCAUGCUACCCUUGAAUACCAGCAAGACAGAUACAACAGGUACGCCAAUGUAGAUCUUAUUAUGCAACAGAAAUGGAACAAAUUCUUUCCAGGCCUACCUAAGCCUAUACCCAUUGGAAGUCCUUUGUCCAACCCAAGUAGAAUUAUAGUCCGAGAGACUGAUAUCGGUGAAAAAUUAAGAAAAUUCAAAUCCUGGCUCAAUGAUUUCACUUCAAAUACGAACGAUGAAAAAGUUGAAAAAAUAUUUAACGACGUUAUGCAAUAG